UUCCCGUUAUGCUCCAGUGUUCAUCCCUGAAGCAUGCAACUUGGAAGUUGAAACUCAAAGGCGAUGAAUGAAUCUGUUAAUAAUUGUUUUGUUUAUUAUAAUUAAUAAUCAAAAACCAAAGUUUUAAAAAAAGAAAGUAAACUGUAACGAAAAAUGCAUGUUUGAUUGGUUUCUCUCCUCUGCUUCUGUGAACGCCAGCCAAUUCAGAUCGAACUCAACUCCACCACCGACCCACGACGUCGUUUUCACUUCGUAGAAUUCUCCUGAAGCAGAUUUUAGGGUUUUCUGGUGAUUAUUAUUGUUUUGGAAAUGGGAAGCAGAAAGGAGGAAGAGAGGAACGAAAAAAUCAUCAGAGGUCUCAUGAAGCUUCCUCCCAAUCGAAGAUGCAUCAACUGUAAUAGUCUGGGUCCACAAUAUGUUUGUGCGAAUUUCUGGACCUUUGUUUGCAUGACCUGCAGUGGUAUACAUCGUGAGUUUACCCAUCGUGUGAAGUCUGUAUCUAUGGCAAUGUUCACGUCACAAGAAGUUGAUGCUCUUCAAAAUGGGGGUAACCAGCGUGCAAGGGAAAUACAUUUGAAAAAUUGGGACUUCCAAAGGCAGCGGUUGCCAGAUAGCAGUAAUGUUGAUAAAGUAAGAGAGUUUAUAAGGAAUGUAUAUGUGGAUCAAAGAUAUGCAGCAGCAAAGUCUUCUGAUAAGCCUCCAAGAGAUGUGCAGAGUCCUAUUGAAGAUGAUACAAGGCGUGCCAGUUCCUAUCACUCAUAUUCUCAAAGUCCUCCAUAUGAUUACCAAUAUGAAGAUCGACGAUAUGGAAAACAAGCAGCUGCAUUGACCAGGAAGCCUGGUUCUGAUAAAGUUUGCUAUGAAAGAAAGAUAAGUAGUAUUAUCUUUAGUCCUGGUCGGUUCAGCGAUCAUGCGUAUGAUGACAGAUUUGCAAAUGAGAGAUCUGGUCCAAGAAUCUCCGACUUUUCUAUGUCUAAUGGUGGUGAGCAAUUUAAAACUGAUUUUCAGCAUUCUGGUACCUGUUCAAGUAAAGAUGUAUUGCCUCAUGUAACAAAUACAUCUCUGGAAACAAACUCCAAAAGAGAUGCAGAUGGAAUUCAUCGUCCACAGAGAACUACCUCAUUGGGAUCAACAGACAGCAACCUGUCAUCCUUAAGAUCUUACAGUUCUGGUGGUUUAGUUGAUUUUUUCUCAGAACCAUUCCAAGCUUCUGGACCCCAUCAAAAUAAAGUGUCUUGUACUCCACAACCAUCUGAUCUGGGAAGUACUGUUAGUUCAGAUCUUUCUGAGGCACCAGUGGCACCCAAACCAUUUUCUUCAUCUGCUUCAUCUAUUGACCUUUUCCAGUUACCAGCUGCACCCUCUCAGGCUUCAUCAGUGGAUCUGUUUCAGUCAUCUGCUUUAUCUGCAAUUGCAUCUUUCAAUGAGCGUCAACCUUUGAAAACAUCACAAUCCUCAUCUGUUGACUUUAUGGACCUUUCUCAGCAGCCAUCUGCUGCAACCUCAAGUGAGAAGUCACUGGAGUUGUCUGUCCCAGAAAAUGAAGGAUGGGCAACAUUUGAUAUGCCUCAGCACACAUCUACUGCACAAGUAGAAAUUCAACCAGCAGUACAGGAAAAAUUUGAUCCAUUUUUGAACUUAAAUGCAAAUACGCUAUGGCCAUGUUUUGAAACUUCUAGUGCUAGCGCUCUUUCUUCAGUUACAUCUAAUUUAUGGCGUGAUGUCACAUGGACCAGAGAAGAACAAGUUUCUGUUAUGGCAUCAAACUCUCAAUCAUGGAGUGCAUUUAAGGAUCCUGCUAACUCUGUUCCUGUGGAUGCUCUUAUUACUCAAGGAUCACAAAUGCAUGAUCUUCCGUCAACUGAUGAUCAGUUUUUGGAUUUAAGAGCUUCUGAGGGAUCCAAUAAAGAUGGUAUGCACCGCAUUGACCCUGUUGCUGGGUUUGAUCAUGAUCUUUCAUCGCAUUUUGUUAGUGGCUCACCAUGUCCUCCAUCUGCAUUUCCUCCAAUGGGAGAGGUUCAGCCUAAUGAAAUCAACCAUAAAUCAACUAAUCCAUUUGAUUAUCCUUUUGAUUCAGAUGUAGAACAUAAUAAUACGUGUCAAUUGCAAUUCCUUGACGUCAGCUCUCUACAAGCAGCUCUGCCAGAUUCCCAGCUAACACCCACCUUCCAAAGUGGUAUUGCUGAACCAUGGCUCCCUCAGAAUACACUGAACCCUUAUUUCUCCUCUGCAGGACAAGGUGGUUUGACAUUCAUGGCUGCACCACCACCAAGUUCUCAAAUACUGAACAUCCAGACGAAUGAACCGGUUGCUUCUGUUGGGGGUAAUCCCUUUGCAUAGGAUUAGACUGUAAAAUGUGGAAACAUCAUUCAUAGGGAAAUUUAUGCUUGCUCUUGACAUAGAUUUUAAUGCUUUUAUUCUGGUCAGAUUAAAAUGUUGCCCAUUACUUCCACGCCAAGGAAGUACUUGUAAUUCAUAGUCACUGCCAUAUGCAGGCCAUGCGUUUGUAAUUUUGUAAUUGAAUGGCAUUGUAGUUAUUGACAAAAAACAAUUACAUUGUAGUUAGAACUCUUAAAAUUGCUUAAUUAGUGUUGGGGCAGGUAUGAACGCAACCAAUUUGGAUAUAGUGCGUGUUUGGAAAUAGAUGGCAAAAAAGCUUUAAAGGCAAAAGUACUUUUGCAAAA